CCAACGGCGGAGGUUCAGCGUGGAGCCAGAGCCGCCAAACCAGCCCGAGGCUUCACUGAGGCUUCUUUGGUUGUUGGAGACGCCUCGAGCGGUAUACGUUUGCUCAAAUGGGGACUAUACGUCUCCCUGAAGAAAUGGUCUAUUUGACCAGAUCCCACACUAGCAUCACACCACAGGUGGCGUGCACAACUUGAAUACCAUGAAGGAGGACGUUGGCGCGGAAGCCAAAGUCAGUUUCGACAGGACCGACUUCGUUCCCAGUCACACAGGGGACCAUGUCCUUCCCGCGGAUCCAUUGUUCACACGGCUAUUGACACUGGCGCAUCGCCCUCAGCCGCGGCCAGCGAUACGCGACAUCAACGCGGGAGUCGAGAGGACGGCGGCACAGUUACUAGGCGACGUGCUCAGCCUGCGUCGCAUUGUGAAAUCACGCUUACAGCCGCAGACCCUCGACGACCUACGGCACGGCCGGGAGGUGUACAUCAGCCUCCUGGCUCCAGGGGGCUAUGAAUUCGCCGUGGGCGUCCUGGCCAUCAUGGCUUUGGGGGCGGCCGCCAGCCCCUUCAGCAGCGCGCAGCCCGUCAAAGAGGCCGCGUACUAUGUCAACAAGGCUCGGUCGGUGGCUGUCUUGACUGCCACCCAGGCGCUUGGUCUAGGUGAAGCCCUAGAGAAGGAAAUCCGAGCUACGACAAACCUAGAUUUUCUUUCUAUCCCCAUCAACGCGAUUGAGCGAGAGCCUUUGAUCCCCGUUGACGCCAUCCAGAUCUCGUCGAACAAAUGGUACGAUCCUAAUGCGCCAGGGGUGGUGAUUUUCACCUCUGGCACGACAGGCCCACCGAAAGGUGCUGUGCUGCGUCGUGCGGCAAUGACAGAAGGAUCUAUGUCGUUUGCACAGCAGAUCGGACUACAGGAGUCGGAUGUUCUGCUUCACUUGUUGCCGGUGCAUCAUGCGACGGGGAUCUGGGUUUCAUUCUUCCCUUUCCUCCAAACAGGGGCCUGUAUCGAGUUCCGCUCCGGCAGUUUCAGCCCGGAAUGGACCUGGAACCGCUGGAGACAGGGCGGCUUGACCUUCUUCACGGGCGUGCCCACCAUCUACAUGCGAAUGAUGCGCUAUUACCAGGAACACAUUGCCAAGUUGUCUGCUGUCGAGUCGGAAGCGUACAGAGCGGCUGCUGCUGCGUUCAAAGUCUGUCUGUGUGGAAGCUCGGCGUUGCCCAGGCCCAUCGCCGAUUUCUGGCACGGUCUUAUGAACGGUCGGCGGAUCAUUCAACGUUACGGGUCGACAGAAAUGGGCGUCAUUUUCAACAUGUCCGUGGACCCUACCGAGGAUAUCCCUGACGGGUCUGUCGGCCAUGUCACGUAUGGUGUGGAAGCCAAGCUCUCAAACGGCGACGAGGGCGAAGUCCUCAUCAAGUCGUACAACAUGUUUUCAAAGUACCUGCACGACCCGGAAGCUACGGCAAACGCCCAUGAUGCUGACGGGUACUUCAAGUCCGGGGAUGUGGCACGUCGGGAAGGCAAGUAUUAUUUCAUCGUCGGCCGGGCUUCCGUCGACGUUAUAAAAUCCGGCGGAUACAAGAUCUCCGCUUUGGAUAUCGAAAGAGAGCUGCUAGCCCUGCCGUAUAUCGCUGAAUCUAUGGUCGUCGGGGUUCCUGACGACGAGUUCGGCCAGCGUGUGGGAGCCGUAGUGACGUUGCGAAACGAUGAGAUUGCCCAAGAUUUCUAUCGAAAGAGCAGGCGGAGUCCCGACCAUCUCAAGCUCGAUGACCUUCGGGAAGACGCUCGCAGUCGUCUCGCUGGCUACAAGUUGCCCACUCUCUUGAGGGUGGUCAAGGGAGAAUUGCCCAAAAGUGGUACGGGGAAGGUGGUCAAAAAGGUCCUGGGGCCACAGUACUUCCCUCCCAAUUAUGUUGACGAUGAGGCUGUCCAAGUGUGGAAUAGUAGAAAGAAGGCUCGUGACACCAAACUCUAGGCGUUGAGCAUUCGCAAGCACAAUUCAUGUGGUCAUCAAGGCGUUCUGGUGAAAAGAAAUGAGUGUAGGAGAAAGGAGCGUAGAAGCCAACUGUCAAAAUCUAAGAAAAUACCCAUGCAUACUUCCAACAUAAGAUCAAGUAACUAUCAAAGUCUAGAGAAGAUAGCCAAGCAUACUUCCAACAUAAAAGCAAGACGUGAAUCAGGAGCCACGGACAUUAUCACGCG